AUGAAGCUCGUAGCUCUCACCCACCUGCUGCUACUGCUGGUGCUGGGGCAUUGCGGAUACGCGCGUGUUGAGCGCAUGGUGCCGGGCGACCCGUACACGGUCGGGUACUCGGCGCGUGGCAUGCUAAUCGACGGGCGGCCGCGCAUCCUGACUGCAGCAACAAUCCACUACCCGCGCAGCACGCCGGCAAUGUGGGACAGCCUAAUGCAAAAGGCCAAAAGGGGCGGCAUCAACACCAUCGACACAUAUGUGUUCUGGAACAUGCACGAGCACACCAAGGGCCAGUAUGAUUUUGCAACGGACCGGGCCAACCUCCCGCUGUUUCUCGAGACGGCCAAGCGCCACGGACUGUUCGUGGUCCUGCGCAUCGGGCCGUAUGUCUGCGCCGAGUGGAAUUACGGCGGAUUCCCGCACUGGCUGAGGCACGAGAAGGACAUUGUGUUCCGGACCUGGAACGAGCCGUUUUUGCGCGAAAUGAAAAGGUUUGUUCAAAAGACGGUCGAGGUCACCAGGGGGUUUUUGCCCGAGCACGGCGGGCCGCUCAUUGCCAUGCAGAUCGAGAACGAGUACGGCGAUAAGGAGUGGCGGAUGGGCGAGGACGGGCACAAGUACGCAAGGUGGUGCGGGGAGGUCGCCGGUAGCUUCAACCUGACGGUGCCGUGGAUCAUGUGCAGGCAGUACUCGGAUGUCGACCAUGUUAUUCCGACACAGAACGACUUUUACUGCGACCAGUACCUAGCCGACUUCCACCGCAAGCACCCGGACAUGCCCGACAUGUGGACGGAGAUGUGGCCCGGGUGGUUCCAGCGCUGGGGCGAGGCCGCGCCGCACCGGCCCAUCGAGGACAUCGCAUAUGCGGUGGCCAAGUGGUAUGCGUACGGCGGCACAUACGUCGCCUAUUACAUGUAUCAGGGCGGCACCAACUUUGGCCGCACCUCAGGCCCGUUCAUCAUGACAUCCUACAACUACGACGGGUUCAUCGACGAGUACGGGCUGGAGAACUGGCCCAAGUACCUGCAUCUGGCCGACCUCCACAACCACCUGAUCGAUGCCGAGCACAUCCUGACUGCCAGCAAUGUGCCGGUGCCCGAGCGCCUAGGAAAGAACGCCAAUGCUCACGUCUACGGUGACGACGACGAAUAUGAAAGCGUCUCGGCAGUGUUCCGCGGCCAGCCCUACGACUUGCACCGCUGGUCCGUGACCCUGGUCCGCAAGGACAAGGGCAGCAAGCCCCGCCAUCCAGCCAGCUUUGAGCCGCUGCCCGCGUCGCUCCUGCGGCUCGACGAAAUGCAUGUGCGCAGUGUUGCGCUGCCCAACAAGAUGGCAUACCACAGCGAGACGCCGCUGGAACAGAUCGAGCUGACCCACGACACCUCCGACUACCUGUGGUACCGCACAGAGAUUACCAUCCCCAAGCAGACGCCGGAGACCUUGUCUACGCUUACAUCGGCGACUCAUAUGUGGGCAUGGCGCAUGGCCGGCCACGACACCCUGGCCACCUUCACCAUCGACAUUCCUGCGCACGUGCUGACCGCCGCCCCCGACUCCGCCCCCCUGACCCUGCUCUCGCAGACCAUGGGCAUGGCCCACAACCAGUACAACAUGGAGGCGUAUACGCGCGGCCUGCUCGGCGCAGUCUCGGUAUGCGGCAUCGACGUCACGCGCAACGGCUGGGCCAUGCAGCCGACGCUGGAGGGCGUAAAGGAGGACCCGCCGGUGCCCGACCACCCGUCGCGCUACGCCAUCGACCUGGGGUCAAUGACCAAGGGCCAUGUGUGGGUCAACUCGCACCACCUGGGCCGCUACUGGACGCGCCGGGCGCCCGAAAAGCGCGACCACCGCCCAUGCCAGGUGUGCGACUACGGCGGCUGGUUCUGGCCCGACAACGUGUGCCGCCAAAAGUGCGGCGAGAUCUCGCAGCAGUACUACCACCUGCCGCCCGGCUACCUCGACAUGGACAAGAGCAUGCUGUAUGUGCUGGAGGAGGUGUCUGGUGACCCGGAGAAAAUCGCUAUUGUGCGUAGAGUCUCCGAGUCGCCUGAGCGCCACGCCCCCGAAGCCCCCGAGGCCGCCCAUGGCCUGGCCUACUAUGCCACUUGGCUUGCCGCCCUGCUGGCUGCUUCCUGGGCCCUGUGCAGGGUGUACAGUCUGGCUGUCAGGCGUCGCGGAUACCAGCCCAUUGCCGACCAGUAA